CUGGGACUCACUGUAAGCGAGUCAUCACGCAUGCUGCGGUGGGCUUCCCAGUGACGCAGCUGUCUUUGAGCCACCCAUGUUCUUUCCUAGUAAUUCAGACUCCUUCCCCCAAAAGAAUUCCCCCUUCAAGAUUCAUACUUGGUGCUCAGCAAAACAAGAAUCACGACAGAUCAACUUCGUUUAAAGGGUACUGACCAUGUUCUCAAACGUACUGCGUCAGAAAAUGCUGCUAGCAUUCAUGUCAGUUUUAAUAAUCAUCUGGAUAAUUUUUGAAAUUUCUCAAAAUCCCACAAAGCUUCAGGCCGUUCUGAAUGCAAGCUUCUCCUUCCAUUCCUGGAACACCUCCAUGAAGUCCUCGUGUCCGGAAACGCCAGCGAAUCAGUCAAGGUUUCCAACAGAGAUGAAGCUGAGAGAGGAGAGCCCUAAAAUGACGGCACCGGUCAAGUCACCGACAGAGAACGAGCUGAGAAUCAGGGCGAUCCUGGAGAAGCUAGAUCAGCAGAUCCCUCCCAGACCCUUCACCCACCUCAACACCACCACCAGCGCCACACACAGCACUGCCACCAUCCUCAACCCUCGAGACACAUACUGCACGGGGGACAAACUGGAGGUGCUGCUGGAAGCUAGGGACUACCUGGGACGCAGGAAGGAGUAUGGAGGGGACUUCCUGAGGGCCAGGAUAUCCUCCCCAGCCCUGAAGGCAGGAGCUUCUGGAAAGGUGACAGACUUCAAAAAUGGCACCUACCUGGUCAGCUUCACUCUGUUCUGGGAGGGCCAGGUGGCCCUGUCUAUCCUGCUCAUCCAUCCCAGUGAAGGGGUGUCAGCCCUCUGGAGGGCCCGGAACCAAGGCUAUGAUAGAAUUGCCUUCAAGGGUAAAUUUGUUAAUGGCACCUCCCAGGUCUUAGUUAAAUGUGGCCUGACCCUAAACUCAAGCACUGAACUCUGCAAAUACCUGUAUAGUGGCGGUGAAGAAGUCUUCUACUGUCUGAAGCCUCAACACAUGCCCUGUGAGGCUCUGACCCAUGUGUGCACCAACCAGCAAGGUGUUUCUUUUCUUACUGACAAAGAGAAAGCUCUUUUCCAGAAGUCCAACAUAGGAGUUGAAAUGAUGAAGAACCCUAAGUUUAUUAGUGUCUCUCGAUGUAACAAGAGAGAAGAAAACAGGGGAAAGAAAUGUCAGAUCGGAACAGAGAUUCCCACACCUAGCGGUUACACUUUUCAAGGAAGAUGGGUAACAGCCCAGUGCAAGCAGAGUCUGCUGAACUCCAGUCAGAUAAAUGACUGCUUGAAAAGGAAACUCAUUUACUUCCUGGGAGACUCGACGCUGCGCCAAUGGAUCGAAUACUUGCCCAAAGUUGCGAAAAAAUUGAAGCCUUUUGAUCUUCAUGGGACUGGAAUAUAUAAGAAACAUAUGCUCCUGGAUGCUGAAGGGCACACUCUGGUGGAAUGGAAGAAGCACAGCCAUCCUUUCAUUACGGUCAAUCUCUACUCCGUGAUAGAUGACGGUUAUAUUCCGCAGGAAAUUGACCGCUUACUAGGUGACAAAGAUACUGCCAUCGCCAUUACCCUGGGCCAGCACUUCAGACCCUUCCCCAUGGAACUUUUCAUUCGGAGAGCCAUCAGUAUCCGAAACGCUAUUGAACGACUCUUCCUCAGAGCCCCGGACACUAAAGUCAUCAUUAAGACAGAGAACAUCAGGGAGAUGUACAUAGAUACAGAGAAAUUCGGAGACUUCCACGGUUAUAUUCAGUAUCUAACCUUGAAGGACAUUUUCAAAGACCUUCGUGUGGGUAUCAUUGAUGCCUGGGACAUGACCAUAGCAUGUCACAGUAAUAUUCUCCACCCGCCUGAGCAAGUGAUUGGGAAUCAGAUUGCCAUGUUUUUAAACUAUAUCUGCUAAAGCGCCAUCCCUUGGAGCCGGUGUCCACUGGCUGUGCCGUGUGAUUCAUCAGUAAAGAUUUAUUCAGUUUAGGGUCUAAGAAAAAUCAAAUUUCAAAGAAUCAGUCUUGGAAUAGAGACGCAGCUCAGUUGAAAGGGUGCUUGCUUGGCAUGCAUGAAGCCCUGGGUUCUUUCAGCACCACCCAAGCAGGGCAAUGUGGCACUUGCUUGUAAUUCCAGCACUCAGGAGGACAGAAGUUCAAGGUUAUCCUUAAUUACCUAGUCAGGUGGAGGGGGCUGAGCUAUGCGGAAAGCUUCCUUGAUUAAAAACAGGAGUCAUAAUCUCGAAAGAAUACAAACUUAAGAACAAUGACUAUGGAGAUGGGAUAUUAAGCCAAGAAAACUAGACGUGAAGGACAAUCCCAGAAUACACUACGUUUAUCUCCAUGUUAAUAAAUAAGAGGGCACCAGAUCUCAUUUCAGGUGGUUGUGAACCAACAUGUGGUUGCUGGGAAUUGAACUCAGGACCUUUGGAAGAGUAGGCAAUGCUCUUAACCACUGAGCCAUCUUUCUAGCUCAAUAUCUUUAUUCUUUAAAUAUAGUUUGAGUCAUGAUUUCUGUUACUUUUGGCUGAACCAAGUAACAGGGCGAGUUAAAGGGAGAAGACAUGUCAUUGCCAUUAUGUUCCAAGAUUUAAAAAAAAAAAUCACCUCUUUUUCUGCAAAAGAACAGAGAGUAAGUAUUUUAAGUUUGGGAGACUAUGCCAUCUCUGUACUUCUGCCACCAAAGCACAAAACAAGACAAACAUGUAAGCAAAUACAAAUGUUUGUGUUUAAAAAAAAUAACCUAGUAAUGAACACUAAAAAUUGGUUUGGGUUGUGGGGUUUCAAGGCAGGUUUCUCUGUGUAACAGUGUUGGUUGUCCUGAAACUCUCUUUAUAGGCCAGGUUGGCCUCGAACUCACAGGGAUCUGCCUGCCUCUGCCUUUCCCCAACUAAUUUUUAAAAAUCAGAAACCAUUUUUAGACCACAAGAACUAAAAUAAAUAAAUAAAUUUAUUGUGUGUGUGUGUGUGUGUGUGUGUGUGUGUGUGUGUGUGUGUGUGAAAUCAUUCUAAAUUUUCUUAGGGAAUUUAGGGACCUCCCCAAAAAAAAAUCAGGUGUUGUUGAAAAAUAAUAGGGUUAAAAAAGUUCUUUUCCAAACAUCAAGAUUUGUUUUAAAGCUAUCAAAUCAUGAGAGUGACAGAACAGAAGGGCGGGGACAGCCCUGACAUAGAGUCACUUACGUGUGAUAAACAGGGUACUGAUGAGCAACGAGGAAGAUUGUUUUCUGACUUAGAAGUCCAGGUAAGAUGCUGGGGAGAGACCUGUCAGUAAAGAGCUUGCUAUGCAAGCGUGAGAACCUGAAUUCGAAUCCUCAGAACCCACAUCAAAAGCCAGACGCAGCAGUGCACAUCUGCAACCCCAGUACUAAAGAAGAAGAGACAGGGAGAUCACUGGAGUUCACUGGCCAGCCAACCUAACAAAAUCAGUGAUCUACAGAGAGACACUCCUACCUCAAAAAAUAAGAUGGAGAGAGAUUGAGAAAGAUACCUGAUGUCGACUUCUAACCUCCACAUGCACCCUCACACACAUGUAUGCACACACACGCACACACACACACACACACACACACACACACCCUGCAUGCAUCCAUAAAUAAACUCCUAAAAAUGAAUAAAUAAAAGUUCUAGGAAAGCAGGACAUAAGAAAGUCUCCUACAUUCUACUAUUCUCCAGAAAUAAAAUAAAUAUCAGGGGGGGGGAUAAAGCUGUAAUUAUGAAAAACAAAGCAGGGAAGCCUACUCAACUCUGUCUCAUCCCAUGCGUGGCAAAGAGCUUCCUUUAUAAAAAUACAUAAUUGUUCAAGAAUCUAAGUUUCACCCCACUGCGCAUGGCAGCUAUACAACUCCAGUCACUGUGACUCUCCACAUGACCCUGACAGCAUCCAAACCAUCUGUCUCACCCUGCCAAGCCACAGCAAUGCCACAUGAUGGUCCUGAAAUCUUCAAGGACUGGCAAACGCCAGUCGACAAACGCACACAGGUCCUUGAACAACAAGAAACAAUUCUCAGCUGGUUAAAGACUAAACAGUCCAGUGUCUCCGUGGCCUUAAAGCAGAUUCUCUUAGCUUUGGUCCCCAAAAGGGAAAACACUGAUUGGUUUGAGUAUAUUAAAUUCGGAACUGCUUAUUAAAAAGAGCAAAACAUAGCUGAAAGUGGUGGUGCAUGCCUGUAAUCCUAGCACUCAGGAGACAGAGGCAGGUGGAUCUCUGUGAGCUCGAGGCCAGCCUGGUCUACAGAGUUCCAGGACAGACAGAGCUA